AUGGAAAGGCUGGUAUUUUUGAUGAGCUUUUGUUUGGUGUUGUCCAAUACACAGCAAGCACCAUCAUUCCUUAUUACUGCCCCAAAUGUGGUGCAUUUGGGCACAUAUGCGACAGUAACAGUUCAAGUCCAUGGAGCACAACACCCUGUGCAAGUUACUGCAUACUUCAAAGAUGAGAAAAAAAAUGAGCUCCUAUCAGAGAGGAUCAUCUUUAACCUUAACCACAAUAACAACUACCAAGAGAUGAAAAAAAUAAUGAUCAAGCCAGGGACUCAGCAACAGCACCUGUUCAAGAAGAGUAAUCAGACAUAUAUUCUGCUGGUCACAGAAAGCAGGGAGCUUUAUAAGGAGACCACUCAAAGCACUCGCAUCCUCCUGUCUUCCAAGAAAGGCUACAUCUUUAUUCAGACAGAUAAGCCGAUAUACACACCAAGUUCCAAAGUAAAAUACAGGAUCUUCAUUCUGGACAAUGCUAUGAGGCCAACAGAUGACACGGUUAUAGUUGUUGUGCUAAAUUCAAAAGGAAUGGUGGUUAAAAAGUCAGAACGGAAAAUAAAAACAGUGUUCAGUGAAAACUUUGAAAUACCUGACAUUGCUGAGCCUGGAACUUGGAAAAUCAAAGCCUGGUUUCAUCAAUAUGAAAUGUCUAAUGUUUCUGCUGAAUUUGAAGUUAAAAAAUAUGAACUUCCAUCUUUUGAAGUCAAACUCAUCCCAUUUCAGCCAUACUAUCACAUUGGGAAUGAAAACUUCAUGUUUGAUAUCGAGGCAAAACACUCUUAUGGGAAAGGGAUUCAAGGUGCUGCAUAUGUGCGAUUUGGCAUAAUUAAUGAAAAUGAGAAAAAAGUCUUUAUUCCAGGCCUGGAACAACAACUAUCAAUUCAAGAUGGAAAAGGAAGAGUUACUUUAACUACACAACUAUUGGAAGAGAAAUUAAGAAAGAGUAUUUCCACUCUGGAAGGUUUUCAUUUAUAUGUUGCUGUUACCACUGUAGAAACUGCAAGUGGUGAGAUGAGGGAAGAGGAACUCAGCAAUGUGAAGUUUGUGAGAUCUCCUUAUGCUGUUGAUCUGUCUAACACCAAGAAGUAUUUUGUGCCUGGAGCCCCCUUCUCUGUUGUGGCAUCUGUGACGUUGGUUGAUGGCUCUCCUGCUACCUUUAUACCUGUCACUGCCACUGUUACCUUGCCUGGAAAAUCCCCAAUGAAGAAGUCUGCACUUUCUAAUAAAGAGGGUCUAAUCCCCUUUACAUUUGACAUCCCUGGAGAUGCUCAGACGCUUCAAAUAACGGUAAAGGCUAAAGAGGGAAAAGAAAAAUUGGAAUCACCUGAAACCAGUAUCAGAGCUGAAAGAUACCAGUCUGCUUCUUCAAACUACCUCAGCAUCAGCAUCCCACAUACUGUUGUGACACCUGGAGAUACCUUACCCAUCACUUUGAAUGACAUUCAUCAGUCUGGCAGUGGAGCUGUUGACUAUUUCUAUUAUAUGGUUGUGGCAAAGGGACAAGUUGAGCUUUUGGGAAGAGUCCCCUCCUCAAACAAAAUAAUAAACCUUAGAGUCAUGGAGGAGAUGGUGCCCGCCUUUCGCUUUUUAGCUUACUACUUCAUUGCAAAUGAGGGCCGUCAAGAGAUUGUUGCUGAUUCCGUAUGGGUGGAUGUUAUGGAUGUCUGUGAAGGAAAGAUUAAAGUGAGAACAGAACAGGAGAUGUACGAACCAAAGGACAGAAUUAAUUUACUGAUUGAAACGGACCAUGCGGGAACAGUUGCCUUAGCUGUGGUUGAUAAAGCAGUUUUUAUUCUGAACAAGAAAAACAAGCUUACAGCCAAAAAAGUAUUUAAUGCUAUGAAUUCGUAUGAUCUCGGAUGUUCUGCAGGUGGUGGUGCAGAUAGUAUUCAAGUUUUUGCUGAUGUUGGUCUGGCCUUUUUAUCAGAUACAAUUAAAUCCAACAUUCGGGAGAGCUAUAAAUGCCCCCAGGUUACCAGAAAGCAGAAGAGAUCUUUGGAUUUUCAGAAGCAAAUGUCAGGAAUUGCCAGCAAAUAUCAAAACACUGAUCUACAAAAAUGCUGUGAAGAUGGAAUGAAAUUAAAUCCCAUGAGAUUUUCUUGUGCAAAAAGGCUAAUAAAGGUGGUUGGCUCCCCUGAAUGCAGAACUGCCUUCCAGGACUGCUGUGAGAAAGCCACAGCCCUCAGGAAAGCAGCGAAGCGGACGGUCAGAGUGGGCUUGGCACGACACUAUGAUGACCAUGAAGAAAUGUUUGAUGAAACUUCUGUCAGUUUGCGCAGUUAUUUUCCUGAGAGCUGGUGGUGGACGGUUGAAGAUGUGAAAAACCCUGGAAACCAUAGUGUAAAGAACUUCGCUCCUGACUCUAUAACUACCUGGGAAGUUCAGGCAAUAAGUAUAUCUCCCCAAAAAGGAUUUUGCAUAGCUGACCCCCACACCUUUGCAGUUUUCAAAGACUUUUUUGUAUCCCUGAGAUUACCAUAUUCAGUCAAACGACAUGAACAACUAGAAAUAAAAGCAGUGAUUUACAACUAUCUGUCCAACGAUCUCCAGGUUACAGUGAUGAUGGAGGCAGUGAAGGGGCUGUGCACUGUGGAGGCCACAGAGAAGGCUGUGCAGUUGACACUGGUGGCUAAGGGGAACUCUGCGACACCAGCCUACUUCUCAGUUGUCCCUCUGACUACGGGAGAAAUUCCAAUUACUAUUACUGCUUUUGACACGGCUUUUGGGUACACUGAUAGCAUUAGGAAGAACCUCAAUGUUGUGCCUGAAGGUGUUUUACAGAGAGAAGAGAAGACCUUUUGCAUUAAUAGCGGCUUAAGGUCCCAUACACUGGAUCUGAAUAGACCAUCUGAUAUGAUACCAGGUUCUGAUAGUCACGUGUUUGUUAGCCUGAAAG